UCCCUGAGAUAAAAUGAGAGAGCCAGCCAUACAGGAAGUGAUUAAAGCAUAAUUGCCUAUGAAGCAACCAGACAAAUGCAACAGAACAACAUAGGUACAGAAAAACAGCUACCUGCACAUUUCUAUUAAGGAAAGAAAGAAUAAAUUCUAUUAUGUUAUUAUUUAGAGCUCUUCACUCUCUAUGAGGUGUUAGCAACUACCAAACUUCUGCAAUUGGCUUUAGCCUCCAAAAAAUAAGGUGUCCACUGAUAAGCAGUCUAUAUCAAAGAGCAGGUUGAGUUAUAUUACUGAACCAACCUCUUCAGGACAUCUCACAAAAAGACAGUACAUCUUAGCCACAGCCCAUUGCACUAAACGCCUUACAGGGAGGGAGCGAGAUGAAACUAGGGCACUGUUAUCUGGCCCCUUUUUCCAUGCAGAAGCAGAGAUCUGUGGACAACGAGCUGCAGUGAGGAAUCUGUGGGUUGCUGUGUUGAGUUUUGGAUUUAGCCCACAGACCCAUAGCAUAAGAGUAAGGGGGAAAAGUAUACCACCUGCCUGCUACUUGCUGAGCGUAACUGCUGCACAACCAUGCUGAAGGACAAGAAGACCAAGGUGAAGAUCACCUUCUUGGUCAUUGUUGUGGGCAUCUCAUCCAUGCUUGCAGCCGUGGUGACAGAUCAUUGGGCCGUGCUGAGCCCCAGAGUAGAAAAACUUAACACCACCUGUGAAGCAGCCCACUUCGGGCUUUGGAGGCUCUGCAAGAAGAGUAUCUUCAUUGUGGAGGAAGACCCUCAGGGCAAAGGCUGUGGCCCCAUCAGCCUGCCUGGAGUCAAGAACUGCUCCUACUUCAAACACUUUACGUCAGGGGAGGAGGCCGAAGUUUUCGAAGUCAAGACUCAAAAAGAGUACAACAUCUCAGCUGCUGCCAUAGCCAUCUUCAGCCUGGCCUUCAUGACACUGGGCAGUCUGUGUCUCCUAGGGGCCUUUGGAAAGAGCAGAGACUACCUACUAAGACCGGCUGGCAUGUUCUUCGCAUUUGCAGGUCUCUGCAUAGUCAUUUCAGUGGAGGUCAUGAGACAGUCUGUCAAACGCAUGAUUGACAGCGAUGAAACCAUCUGGAUCGAGUACUACUACUCGUGGUCCUUUGCAUGUGCCUGCGCUGCCUUCAUCCUCUUGUUCCUCAGCGGGAUCAGCCUGCUGAUCAUCUCCAUGCCUCACAUGCCACGGAACCCGUGGGAGACCUGCAUGGACGCUGAGCCUGAGCCCAUGGACUAGCAGAGCGCCUUUACCAGUCAAAUCAGGGUUUGGCACACAGUAAGAAUGCAUGAUAAAGAAAUCAACACAUACAAGGUGUUGUAAGAGAGUUUUAUAUUGACUUUGGCAUUGUGUUCAUUGGAAGCAAAUGCAUUCAUGCUUAGAGGAGGUUAAGUCUGCUGUUUUAGACAACAAAGUAGCAUUUCAUCCAGUGUCAGAAUUUCCAUAUGUGAUGCUUUUUUGAUUCAUUUGACUUAGGAUUUUGCAAUUGUGAAAUAUUCUUUAAGGUUCACUAUGCUAUGCGAAGUGGAAUUGAGGAUGCAAGUAUGUAUUUUUCAUUACCCAUAUAGCCCAGUUCUCUGGGUAUUUCUUUAAAUAAUUUGAUGUUUUAGUAAAGGUUUAUAAUUUAGGAUAAUUAAGAUUGCUCUAUAUUAUGACACCACUAUUCAUUAUUACAUAAUGAAGAGCAAGAAACAUCUACUGCAAAAUUAAUUCUCUGUGUAAUAAAACAACUUAAGAACAACUGAGAUCUUGAGAUGCAUAAAAUGACUCAUCAAGAAUAAUCAAAUGUGUGGUGGUCUGGGAAACUUGUCGGAUGUCACAGCGGCUGAAUUCUGGAAAACAGCUGAAAAAAAAGGUUUUUUUCCCAGAUCAAAAUUUAUUGCCUUUUCAAGAAACCAUAUGUACACUAUAUGGCCAAAAGUAUGUGGAUGCCUGAUCAUUACAGCCAUGUGGGCCUUCCCCAAACUGCUGCUGCAUUUUUCAAAGGGCUAGACCUCAUCAAAAUACAGUCAUAUAUAUAUCUAGAUGUGUUAAACAACUUAGAACAAUAAUUGUAGAACUUACAAUAAUCAAAAAUAUUGGAACAUGUGACUGACAGGUGUGCCCUGUUAAACUGAUUGUUUAAACAACUAAUAUCUCUGAAUGUCUACACUUUGUUUGAGCUCUGGGUUUUGCCUUUAAAGAAGGUGUUGAAAGGAUAAAUCAACAUGAAGCCUAGAGGGCUGUCUAUGGGAGAAAAGCAAGCCAUUUUGAAGCUAAGAAAAGAAGGAAAACUGAUCAAAGCUGUUGCACAAGCAUUGGGCAUAGCCAAAACAACAACUUGGAAUGUCCUGAAAAAGAAAGAAACCAAUACUAACAACCAGACAUCUAACAGGUCAGCCAAGGAAAACAACAGCAGUUGAUGACACAUACAUUGGAAGAGCUGUGAAGAAAACCCCAGAAACAACAGUCAGUGACAUCAACAACAACUUCCACAGGACAAGGGUGAAGGUAUCACAAUCCACCAUUUGAAGAAGGCCAUAACACAAGAUGCAAACCACAAAUCAGCAGUAAAAACCAGAAGGUCAGAUUGGAAUUCGCAAAGAAAUACAAGGAUGAGCCACAAACGUUUGAGAACCAAGAUUAACCUCUACCAAAGUGAUGGAAAGGCCAUGUGUAGUGUCAUGGCUUGCGAUUGCAUGGCUGCUUCUGGAACAGGCUCACUAAUCUUUAUUGAUGAUGUAACUCUUGAUGGUAGCAGCAGAAUGAAUUCAGAAGUCUACAGAAACAUUCUGUAGCAAGAAACCUAGCAGAAACAUCAAACCCCCUUUUGUGUGACCCAAAACACAUAACAUAACAAAGGACUUCAUCACAAGAAAAAAGUGGAAGGUUUUAGACUGGCCAAGUCAAUCACCAGACCCUUAACCCAAUUGAGCAUGCAUUUCACCUCCUGAAGAGGCGACUGAAGGGAGAAAACCCCCCCUCCAGCUUGAUGAAGUUAUUGCAAGCAAGAGAUAUGCGUUCUUUACUACUAUCUGUUCCAAUACUUUUGCUCAUCUAAAAAUUGGGUGGUAUGCCACCCUUGGUGCCAUGUUCUAAGUUGUUUAACAUAUCUAGAUGUAAAUAUUAGGAAAUGAAAGCUGAAAUGCUUAUCUAUCUUUUGAUCUCAAAUCCAGAUGUAUUCAGUGUACAGCAGAAACAAAAGAAUUGGCAUUGCUAUUCCAAUACUUUCAGAGGGAAAUGUAUACUUAUUGCAUAUACACACACAGUCGUAAAUAUGUUGACCACAGUAUAUUGGUGUUGAACUUAAAUAAUGAAUAUGAGCUCAAGGUGCAGAUUUUCAGGGGUAUUCAAAGGGUAUUUACAUCCAAAUUGGGUGAACAGUGUAGAAACUAACAUUCAUAAAUUAAAUUGUCAUUUUUAACACUUGGUUGCAAAUCCACAUUAGUUAAGUACCAUUUCAAGAAUU